CGGUCCAUCGUAAGUCAGUCGCAUUCGACCAAACAUUAGAACACGAAGACAGCGGUCAGAACCAAUUCCUCAUUAUGACGAUCAUCAACGCUUGCGUUAUCCUUGUCGCCGUUGGCGGUGCUUUGGCUCAGUACCAGGGCUAUGAUCCCCUGUCAGGAUAUGCGCCAGUUCCAUGCGGACCACAGUUUCCUCCACCACCAGUAAUGUUGCCAUACGGAUAUGACAACAAUGCCAACCACAACCAAAACAUCAAUGUCAAUGACAACUACAAUGCCAAUGCAGCCCGACCGAUCUAUCCUGCAGCUCCAUACUACCCGAAGGACCCGUUCUAUCCUGAACUACCCAUGGCGAUUCUUCCACGACAAGGACCGAUGCCUUUUGGAGGAGGUUACGGAUACGACGGAAACAACAACGCUAACGAGAACGUCAACACCAACAUCAACGCCAAUGCCUUCCGUAGGAAACUGCAUGGCUCGAGUAACGAGGAUACCAAUGUCAACACCAAUACCAACACGAAUACCAAUUCCCUCGAGCCUAAAUAGAUAUCCAAUUCCAUCUCCAUGGGAGGGACCGCGUCAAAGUAUCAAGGAUUGUCAAGGUAUUGACAAUCUCUUGUUUAAAAUGUCAAGUGCCCCGCUUUUGCAGCUUGGAUUUUUGGUCCUGCCACCCAUCGAUUUGAAUAAUAAUGAAUGUCCCUGCCCCUAUUAAACAGGAUGACAGCACUGCUUU